AACACCAUUUGGCUAAAUCAAAGAAUCUUUUUACUAUUUUUCUAAGUUUGAAUUUGAUUUUCUCGAGAUAAUGUCAGGCCGAGGAAAGGGAGGAAAAGGAUUGGGAAAGGGAGGAGCCAAGAGACAUCGGAAAGUUCUCCGAGACAACAUCCAAGGGAUUACCAAACCUGCGAUUCGUCGAUUGGCGAGAAGAGGCGGUGUGAAACGUAUCAGUGGUUUGAUCUAUGAAGAGACUCGCGGCGUUCUCAAGAUCUUUCUCGAGAACGUGAUUCGUGACGCCGUUACUUACACGGAGCACGCUCGCCGGAAAACAGUUACGGCGAUGGACGUCGUUUACGCUCUCAAGAGACAAGGACGAACUCUGUAUGGAUUCGGCGGCUAAAUCGUGUUAUGAUUUCAAUUUCGGAUUUUGUAUAAUCUUCGAUUUUUAGGGAUUUCAGAUUUGUAAUUUCGCAUUUUAAUGAUGAAUGAAUUAGAAAAUUUAUC